AUGGUGAAUCUUUUUGUUUUGGAAUGGAACUUCUUGUUAGACAAUCUAAUGUUCACUUAUAAGUGGUACUAAUUGCUUAUUAUAUAAUAAUAAAUGUACUUAAGGAGUUUCCAAUUUUAUAGAAAUAAUUGUAAUUAAAUAAGUAAUGAGAUUUAUUGCUAAUUAGCUUAUAAUAGUUCUAACAUUAAAUGUUUAUGGAUUAAUUCAUCUUUUGUAUAUUAUUUUGAUUUUACUAAUUCUUUUACUAAUAAAUAUAAUGAAUAUUAAUGUAUAAGAUAUGGCUUAUUGUAUGUUAUCCAAAACUAUUAAUGGAUGAGAAUUAAAAUAAUGCAAUGA